UCUAUGAAGUUAGUAUCAGCGCUGAUUGCUGACUGAACGUUUUAACGUUUUAAUAUUUAACCUACAACGAAAAUUUUUGCCACGAAAAUGGUUUUUGCCAUAACUAGGGCCAGUUGUAUAUUUUUUCGUACUAACACGAGAUCUAAAAAUAAUUAUAAAUAUCUUAAAUUGUCAAGGAUAUGCGCAGUGAAUUUUUCCAUAAAAACCGACAUCCCUCAGCCAGAAGAAGAGGCCCCAAAGUUAAAAUCACCAAUAGGAAAUGGAAAGGUGUUCAAGACUGUAGACGAAGCUAUAUCAGACAUGCCAGAUGGUGCUAAACUUCUGGUUGGUGGAUUUGGACUUUGUGGCAUUCCUGAAAACUUAAUUGCGGCUGUAUUAAAACGAGGUUCCAAAGAUCUAACUGUUGUUUCAAAUAAUGCAGGGGUUGAAGACUUUGGAUUAGGUAUACUUUUGAAGGAAUGUAGGAUUAAAAGAAUGAUUGCGUCCUACGUUGGUGAAAACCCUGAAUUUGAGAAACAGUACCUCAGUGGUAAAUUAGAGGUUGAAUUAACACCGCAGGGUACAUUAGCAGAACGUAUUCGAGCAGGAGGUGCUGGUAUUCCAGCGUUUUACACUCCUACAGCAUAUGGAACAAUAGUUCAAGAAGGUAACAUCAUCGUAAAAUAUGAUGAAAAGGGAAAUCCAGAGAUAUCUGGUGAACCAAGGAAUGUGGCACAAUUCGGUGGAAGGAACUACGUCAUGGAAACUGCCAUAACAGGAGAUUUUGCUCUCGUGAAGGCUUGGAAAGCAGACAAAGCUGGCAAUUUAAUUUUUAGAAAAUCAGCCAGGAAUUUCAAUCCGGUGAUGUGCAAAGCAGCUAAAAUCACUAUUGUGGAAGUAGAAGAAAUUGUAGAAACUGGUCAACUGGAUCCUGAUCACGUUCAUUUGCCAGGAAUUUUUGUGGACAGGAUUGUCAAAGGUUCUUCGUAUGAAAAACGCGUGGAGAAACGGUAUACGAAGCAAAAUGUGAAGCCCAGAAAAGUGACACCAGCAAGCAAAGCAAGGGACAGAAUCAUUAGACGAGCCGCCUUCGAAUUCAAAGACGGAAUGUACGCUAAUUUGGGAAUCGGCAUACCCAUGCUGGCUUGCAAUUACAUUCCGAAGAAUGUGAAAGUGACACUGCAGUCCGAAAAUGGUAUCCUUGGUAUGGGUCCAUUCCCGGACGAGUCAGAACUCGAUCCGGACUUGAUAAAUGCUGGAAAAGAAACAGUCACGAUCCUUCCUGGAGGCUCUUUCUUUAGCAGCGACGAAAGCUUUGCAAUGAUUCGAGGAGGUCACAUCAAUUUGACGAUGCUUGGUGCUAUGCAAGUUUCAGAGAAUGGAGAUCUAGCUAACUGGAUGAUACCCGGAACUAUGGUGAAAGGAAUGGGUGGUGCAAUGGAUUUAGUUUCUGCAGAAAGUACAAGAGUGGUAGUUACCAUGGAGCAUAAAGCUAGAGACGGAAGUCCGAAGAUUUUGAAAAAUUGUACUUUACCUGUUACAGGUCAACAAUGUGUGGACUUAAUAAUCACAGACAUGGCAGUAUUUGAAAUAGUUCACGGAGAAGGAUUGAAAUUAAUUGAAAUCGCGCCAAACAUUGACAUCAGUGACGUUGUUAGUUCUACGGGUUGCGAAUUCUCAGUAGCUGAUGAUCUUCAAGAAAUGAAACAAGUAGAUUCGGAGGACUGUCAGUAACUUUCUUUAAAUAUCAACAAAGUCACGCAAAUUUUCUUCGCCUAAAUUCUGAUAAAAAGAAUGAAAAUGAGUUACGAUCAUUAUUUUCUAAUUAUAAAAUUACAAAGUCGUCUUUAUCUCUAAAAAUUGUGAUGUGUUAAUUAUAAAUGUAAUAUAAUUGUAAAUGUAAAGUAUUUAUACUGCAUAAGUACUUUAUGCAACACAGUAGCUAGGUUCUAACAAAGGUAAUAUAGUUUUGUAAUAUAUAUUCAUUUAUACAUUGGUUUUUAAAUAUAAGCGCUGCUAUCGAAA